AUGGCCCACGUGCAAGCAAUACAGCUUCCUGGACGAAGUCUACUGAAGGUCCCAGAGAUCCAUCGAGUCUUGUCGUUUCAGCUAUCAAGUCUCAUCACCAACCCUUCCAAGGUGGCCGGGAAGACUGUAGACUACAUUAUCGCUGGUGGUGGUCUGACGGGUCUUACUCUCGCUGCUCGUCUGUCCGAGAACCCGAACAUUACCGUGCUGGUUAUCGAAACCGGUUUCUACGAAUCGAACCGCGGUCCGACCAUCGAGGACCUCAACGCCUACGGGGAGAUCUUCGGUACCAGUGUCGAUCAUGCCUUUGAAACCGUCACACUGGAUAUCCAUAACCGCACUGAGCUGAUCCGCUCUGGUAAUGGCCUGGGUGGCUCAACUCUGGUCAACGGUGGCACCUGGACUCGCCCUCACAAAGCUCAGAUUGACUCCUGGGAGACAGUCUUUGGCAACAAAGGUUGGAACUGGGAUGGCCUUCUCGGCUACAUGACCAAGGCAGAGCGUGUGCGUGCUCCCACCGACCGUCAAAUUGCUGCUGGCCACUACUUUGACCCCAAGUGCCAUGGCUCCAACGGCACCGUCCAUGCCGGUCCUCGCGAUACCGGAGAGGAUUAUUCACCUAUCAUGAAGGCCCUUAUGGAUACUGUCUCUGCAGACGGGGUCCCUGUCCAGAAAGACCUUUCCUGUGGCGACCCUCACGGUGUUUCCAUGUUCCCCAACUCUCUGCACGAGAACCAGGUCCGGUCCGAUGCCGCCCGGGAAUGGCUUCUGCCCAACUGGCGACGUCGCAACUUGAUGGUCCUGACCGGCCAGUUAGUCGGAAAGGUGCUCCUGAACCAGACCGCCGAUGGAACUCCCAAGGCCGUGGGUGUUGAAUUCGGCACCAACCGUCAAUCCAAAUUUGAAGCCUAUGCCACCCACGAGGUCCUGUUGGCCGCAGGUUCUACCGUCUCCCCUCAGAUCCUCGAGCACUCUGGCGUUGGUCUCAAGUCUGUUUUGGACAAAGUGGGCAUUAAGCAGGUCGUCGACCUCCCCGUCGGUCUCAACCUCCAAGACCAGACCACCACCAACGUACGCUCGUCCAUCACUGACGCUGGUAAGGGCCAGGGCCAGGCUGCUUUCUUUGCCACCUUCAACGAGACCUUUGGCGACUACACCCCAAAAGCACUCAACCUUCUCAAUACCAAGCUAGAGCAAUGGGCUGAUGAGACUGUGGCCCGUGGUGGUUUCCACAAUGUGUCGGCGCUCGUCAAGCAGUACGAGAACCAGCGUGAAUGGCUAGUGAAUGACGACGUCGCCUAUGCGGAGCUCUUCCUGGACACUGAGGGUAAGAUCAACUUUGAUCUGUGGGAUCUCAUUCCUUUCACCCGCGGCUAUGUGCACAUCCUUGACCAGGACCCCUACCUCCGUCGGUUCGAAUACAACCCGCAAUACUUCCUGAACGAGCUGGACCUGCUUGGGCAGGCUGCCGCCACCAAGCUCGCCCGGUCGGUUUCCAGCAAGGGUGCCAUGAAGCAAUACUUUGCCGCUGAGACCAUCCCCGGAUAUGAGACGGUUGCUGAGAACGCCAGCGUCGAAGAAUGGGCCGAGUACACCAAGCAGCACUUCCGUGCCAACUACCACGGGGUGGGUACCUGUUCCAUGAUGGCCAAGGAGUUGGGUGGUGUCGUGGACUCAACUGCCAAGGUGUACGGCGUCGAGGGACUUCGCGUGGUCGAUGGCUCUGUGCCUCCGACUCAAGUGUCGUCGCAUGUCAUGACGGUGUUUUACGGCAUGGCGGAGAAGAUUGCGCAGGUGGUGAUUGCGGAUUACCACGCUAGGAAGUGA